AUGACAGGAAAGAAACUUCCUCCAGGAGGGAUACCUGGCAUUGACCUCUCAGACCCCAAACAGCUAGCAGAAUUUGCUAGAAUGAAGCCAAGAAAAAUUAAAGAAGAUGAUGCUCCAAGAACAAUAGCUUGCCCUCAUAAAGGCUGCACAAAGAUGUUCAGGGAUAACUCUGCCAUGAGAAAGCAUCUGCACACCCACGGCCCCAGAGUCCACGUCUGUGCAGAGUGUGGCAAAGCUUUUGUGGAGAGCUCCAAACUAAAACGACACCAACUGGUUCAUACUGGAGAGAAGCCCUUUCAGUGCACGUUUGAAGGCUGCGGGAAACGCUUUUCACUGGACUUCAAUUUGCGUACACAUGUGCGAAUCCAUACCGGAGACAGGCCCUAUGUGUGCCCCUUCGACGGUUGUAAUAAGAAGUUUGCUCAGUCAACUAACCUGAAAUCUCACAUCUUAACACAUGCUAAGGCCAAAAACAACCAGUGA